AUGGAGAUAGUAGUGGAAGACGAUGUUGAGAACGAGGAGGAGGUCGGAAGAAGCUCGACGGAUCUAGAGGACUGCCACAGAGACAUUUUCCAAAGAAUGGAAAUGGAAUACGCGUCAGCCCGCGAGUCUCUCUUCAAAGUGAUGAGAAACCCAACGGAAGGCACGCGAAUGGGAAAUGUUGAAGAGAGUGAGAAUAAUGUUCGCCUGGCUCGCCGUCCAGAGGUGCCUCCGAUCGGCUGUCCUCAAACGCUAACUCCUAUACGGAAGCUGCACAAGCGCGCACAUCUACGCAAAGAAGAACAGGCUAAACGAAAGCCAACGCUGGAUAUCCCGGACUGCGCGCAAGAUGAGAGGGGCGCGUGUGCUGUAUGCCUUCGUAUGCAGCCAAACACAAACAGUACACACAAUCAAAUUUCUUGGAUGCAUACUGAAUGCAUCAGCAACGUUUGCCCUCGAGAGAUAGUACCGACCUGGAAAGGAAUGAUGUGUAGGAUGACAGAGAUGUAA